GUAGUAUAUUAUUUGACGAUGGAGCCCACCGCAUCCACCGGCACGCCAAGAGCAGUGGGCUGGUGGCUAGUUGCAGCGCCCCACCUGCAAGCCCGCCCGCGCUAAGCAGGCCCUUCCACUAGAUAGAGAUUGAGAUCGAGACUCAGAUUGGCAGCGAGAGAGUGGCCAUCCUCGACGUCGCUGCUCAGGAAGAGUCUUUGAUGGAUACGAUACUGACGGACGGAUUGCCUCAGUCCAUGCCAUAUACCUCGCCUCAGCUCUCCCUCGCCCUCGCCCUCUCCCCCGUUGCAGCGCUCUCUUGCAACGGCAACCCGGCCAUGUUCCCGGAGCGCCCUCAUCACCUGCGCUCAUCAUCAUCCUCUGCCCACACAUACAUUCGCCGGCAUCGAAGAAGCCCCUCCUUCAGCAAGUUGGCCGCCGAGCCUGAGCAGUCCUUUCCCAACCUCCGCCAGUCCCCUCCUCCACGCAACAAUGCCAUAAUACCCUCAGGAGCCGUCAUCUCACCUCCCGAGUCGGCUGCCAACUCGAGUGACGACGAGACCUCGCCCACCACCGUCCGUCCGCUACCCGUCGAGAAACUUGAUGCUGCCAUUAGGUCGCUGCAGUCGGAACGAGUUGACAUCCAGGGCCCCCCUGUGAAUCCAAACGUCGCCAUUCACAGUCGAACAAAGGUCUUGCCUCUUACCCACCAGGCCAGAUCCAUCUCGCACUCCCGCUCCUCCACCGAAACCGACAUCCAAUUCCUCGCCGACUCUCUCUCCUCUUCGCCCAUCGACAGCGACCGCGAUGAUCUAGAUGCAAAGCCGCCAAUGGUUCGUAAAAAGUCUGGCGAGGUGGUUCGCCCAGCUCUGCGCACCAAGCGACGGCCAUCGAGCAUGCCCGGCACCCCAACCUUCUCAAAGAAUGUUCAUUUUGAUGCACAGCUGGAACACAUCAGACACUUUUUGCAGUUAGAUAAGCCGUUGGCUGUGAGUGCCAACACUUCUCCUGUGGAGACAUAUACCAACGAACCCGAAUUUCCCUUUGGUAACAAAUCCGUCGAUUGGGAAAUCAAACUCCCCAACUUCCCCUCCGACAACCCGUCCCGAAAACACCAGAUUGUCCGUCUGGACCGUCUUUACUUGUCACCAGACCAGCAGAACUUAGUCGGCGCUGUUGUCGUCGCCAACCUAGCUUUUCACAAGCAGGUGAUUGCUCGCUUCACCUUUGACUAUUGGACUACCGUGUCGGAAGUUACUGCCGACUUCAACCAUGAUGUCCGCCGCAGAGACGUCAACGACGGAUACGAUCGGUUUAGUUUUAGUAUCAAACUCGCUGACAUUACGAAUUUGGAGAGUAAAACUCUGUUCCUCUGCAUUCGCUACACAGUGGCAGGCCAGGAUUAUUGGGAUAACAAUGCCUCAAUGAACUACCAGGUCGACUUUUCCAAAGUGGAAAAUGUCCAGACGGCGGAAAGGACCGGCAGAAAUGCGCUCACGCAGCCUCUACCACGGAGUAGAAAUGCCGGGCCGACGGCGUCGCGGCCGCUCUCGAUGCCUCCAUCAUUUGGGGUAUUCAAAUCUCCCUCCUUCUCAUCACCUGGUUAUUCUCCAUUCUCACGAGACAGAAAACCUGACUCGGAUUUCCAGCUCACUGCAAUUGACUCUCAUGACCUGGAACCUCCCAAGCCUAGAGAAAAGCCGGCUCGCCAGGCCUGGGGUAACCGCUAUGACUUUGGGGCAUCCCUUUCGGCCGUUCGCAACGACGGAGCUGCAGAGGAUCGCACGUCCCUGACCGCGAAAGCGAAAUCUUCCGGGUCGGGACGGUCGUCACCUUCUCCUCAGCCACCAGCCAUUGUGGCGGCCAUCGCGUCGACUAAGCCCCACCACGAAUCUUCAUCAUACAAGGAACUCGUGGACAAGUAUUGCUUUUUUGGCACUACGAAAAGCAUGGGAACAACCCCGGCUUCCGGUACGUUGACUUUUGAUAUGGCGUCGGUGUCUCCGUCUGAACUGCCUCGGGUCGACUCUGGGAUUUCCAUCUCGGAUUCUGAGUCGGGGUCUAUCUCUGGGUCUGGAUCUGGAUCUGGAUCGCCAUCGAUGAGCCCGUACAACGGCUCGCCGAUGAUGUUUACGCUAUAUCAGCCGCCAUUUUCGAACGGAUUCCGCGCGGAAUCGCAUUCACCGGCUAUUGCGGGGUGAUAUCGCAGCCGUGUUAUUUCGACUCUAUUCUGAACAUACUCAUACUCAUACUCAUACUCAUACUCCUAUCCAUAUCUAUAUUGUUUAAUGCUCUACUUCUUGAUUGUUAUUAUCAGCACCUGUUAGUCUGGCGGGAUCAUGGACGGCGUUGGACAAAAGUGCAUUUGGUGGUUGAUGUCGCGGCGUUAUCUGUUUUCUUCCUUUGUUGUGCAUGAGUGGCUACGAGUCAUGAGACAAGAUUAUGCAUUGUUAUCCGUUAUAUUAUGCCAAUAUGAACGAGUAAAACAUCAC